UGUUUUAGGUCUUCAUUGACUAAACCGAAGUCUGAAAUGACACCUGAAGAAUUGGCAAAAAGAGAAGAAGAAGAAUUCAAUACUGGACCACUUUCAGUAUUAACUCAAUCUGUAAAAAAUAACACACAAGUCUUAAUCAAUUGUAGAAAUAACAAGAAAUUGUUAGGAAGAGUAAAAGCAUUUGACAGACAUUGUAACAUGGUUUUAGAAAAUGUGAAAGAAAUGUGGACUGAAUUACCACGUACUGGGAAAGGAAAGAAAAAGGUAAUAGUGAAAAUAUUUCUAAAUAAACGUAAUGAAAUUAGAUAGAUAAUUAGAUAAUUAAAAUUCUACUUUUACAUAGGC